AUGGCUGCUGCUCUUGAACUAAGUGCAUCGCCUAAUGUGCCGCCUGCCCCGGCAGCAGGCAUGUACUGGUCUCGUGCAGUAACAUAUGGUCGUGGUCCAUCGCGUCCUCUGCGUGCUCACACUAUCAACUUGAUUGGGGAGCAGCUCUUUGUAUUUGGUGGAUGCGAUAUCAAGACAUGCUUCAAUUCCCUCUAUGUCCUCGAUAUGGACACCAUGACAUGGUCAAAGCCAAGAACUGCGGGUCAAGCCCCACCCCCUUGUCGAGCUCAUUCAAGCACGCUGGUCGAACGCGACUUGGGAUCCGGAAAACGCGCCCAUUACCUGUAUAUCUUUGGCGGUGGUGACGGACCAAAUUAUUUCAACGAUCUCUACGUGCUAUAUACAGAUACCCUGACCUGGUCGAAACCCAAGUGCGAAGGCACGCCUCCUUCCCCACGACGUGCACAUACAACGUGUUUGUGGGGUGAUAAAAUUGUUGUAGUAGGCGGUGGCGAUGGUGCACGCGCCUUAUCAGAUGUGCACAUGCUUGAUAUUGCAGAUCCAGCACGUCCUCGAUGGACACAUAUCAAGCCACUGGGUGUGGCGCCCAUUGCUCGAGGUUAUCACACCAGCAAUCUGGUCAAGGACAAGUUGAUUGUGUUUGGCGGUAGUGAUGGGCAUGAAUGCUUUAGUGAUGUCCACAUUUUAGAUUUGGCGACCAACCGAUGGAAUCAAAUCGAACUGGAUAGAGUUGUACCUCGUCUAGCGCAUUCCGCAACGCAAGUCGGCUCUUACGUGUUUGUCAUAGGCGGUCAUGAUGGAUCGCGCUAUUCAAACGACGUGUUACUAUUGAACUUGGUGACCAUGAGUUGGGAGUCGCGUAGGAUCUAUGGCGGUGCACCUAGUCCACGAGGCUAUCAUGCUGCAGUGCUGCAUGAUUCGAGACUGUACAUCCUCGGCGGUUAUGAUGGCAAAUCGGUUUUCGACGAUGUGUAUAUGAUGGAAUUAUCAGCUUCGAGUUACCUUCCGCAGAUUACGAACUUUGAAAUAGACCUCAUGUAG